AUGUGGGACUUUGUUUGGACUCCAACAUGCUGGAUUGAAGAUUUGAACAGAAAUCCCUUCAUUGGCCCCGAUGUAACUACUUAUUGCAAAUCUUCAACUUGCUCUCAAGUUGGGUUCGUAUGCCGUGGAAAGAACAAACUCAGACUUGCAAAUAUAGAGAGUGCCAACUGCAUUUGUACUGAAGAUGGAUGCGACUUAGACUUGACUAGUCAUGUUUCCUGCGACAGAAAACCUAACAAAGAAAAGGACAUUAUCAGUCAUCUAUUCCGAUCUGUGCGAAAACCUCCAAAGGCAGAAUAUUCUUGCGACAAGCCCCUGGAUCCUUAUGUCAAGAUUUUUAACUGUGCGAAAAAAGAGUCAAAGCGAUUUGCACAUAUCUUCAAGAAACUGACUUUUUGCGAAGUAAGUUGCAAGAAUGGAAAGACUCCCAGUUCUACCGAAGUCGCAUGCGAAAAAUUAGGCAAGAAGCAGUUCAAGUGGACUUCCAGUGUCGAAUGUUUGUAA